AUGGCUCUGUUCAGUUUUGGAUUGAUACUCAUGAUCCUAUGGCUUCUGUACCUGUUUUUGAUUCUAGGAACCACGGCGGACAACUUCUUCUGUCCGUCACUGGCCGUGAUCGCCAAUGUAAUGCGGCUGUCGGAAAAUAUAGCCGGAGUGACGAUAUUGGCAUUCGGAAACGGUGCUCCUGACAUCUUCACGUCCAUCGUAUCGGGCAGCGAGGAAGGAAUAAUAAUGUUCACGGAAUUAAUAGGCGCCGGUGUCUUCGUGACGGCGAUUAUCGCCGGUUCAAUAGCAGUAGCCAAACCUUUUCGAGCCAAUUUGAAAUUCCUUAUGAGGGACGCUUGUUUUUAUAUCCUUUCCGUAUGCUGGAUCAGCUACGUCGUGAGGGACGAGACCAUUCAUCUUUGGGAAGCUUGCAGUUUCGUUCUCUGCUACGCGUUGUUCAUCGCCGUGGUGGUGAUAAUGCAAACGUACGACAACAGGGAGGCGAGCUUGAAAAAUAUUGCAAUUGCUACGGAAUUGAAAAGGGCAAACGUCAGAAAUAAUUUGGGAUCGGCGGAGGAAGUAGAAGAAACAGAAGAUACUGACAGGCCGAAGGGCCUUUACAGAGAAUUUCUUUACGAUGUUAAUCCAAUAGAUGAAGGGGAUUGGACGAGCGCGAAUUGGAUCUUUAAAAUCAUUUUAAUUAUCCGUGCACCUGUCAUGUUCCUACUUCAAUUAUUUAUCCCACUUGUGAACCCAACCGCCGCAAAGAAUGGCUGGUCCAAGCUGCUAAAUUGCUUCCAGCUGUGUGUGACACCGACGUUGGCAUUGUUUCUAUUAAACGUCUGGCACAGACACAUUGGCCCUGUUCCAAUACUGCCGAUAUUCCUCGUUCUUGGCACUGCAAUUGGUGUAACUGUGUUUCUAAUAACCCACGUGGAUCGCGUACCGAAGUACCAUAAUGUUUUUGCAUUCGCGGGAUUUCUGGCCGCCAUGCUGACAGUCUAUUUGAUAGCCGGGGAGGUGAUGGCAGUUCUCCAAUGCGUAGGAUACGCUUUCAGUAUAUCAGAUGCCAUGCUCGGUAUCACGUUCCUUGCGUGGGGUAACAGCGUAGGCGAUAUGAUAUCAAACAUCGCCAUAGCCAGGCAGGGAUUUCCACGUAUGGGAUAUGCAGCCUGUUUCGGUGGACCGAUGUUCAAUACACUGUUGGGAUUAGGACUAACUUAUGGAAUAGCUGCUGGUCGACAACCAGACAAACGCACGAAUAUGAGAAUAAGUGACAUGGCGCCCGGUUGUUUCGCCUUCCUAUUGUGCUCGUUACUAGCUACUAUUAUUUACUUGAACAUUACGGGAGCAGUUGUUAGAAAAUCGUACGGAUACCUCUUGUACUCCGUCGGCGAGGAAGGGGCCAUGUUGGACCAAGAACGAGGGAUAUCUUGGGAAAACAACGUUGCAUGGUUCUCUGAAUGA